ACGAAGCAUUUCAUUUGAUUUGUUUGGGAUCUGAAUGGCGACGAGGAAUCGCACUUUGCUUUUCAGAAGGCACAGAGAUGCAUUGAAGAGUGUUCGUCUUCCCUCACUCACUUCCUCGCCGUCCACAUCUUCCGGCGCCGGCGGUGGUCCCGUCAUCGAAUUGGUCAGUACCUCGCUUCUCAAUCCAAAUCGCUCUUACACUCCGCUUAGUACCGAUGACCCCGCAAAUUCAAGCAAGGGUACAAAUGCAAUCACUGUGGGGCUACCUCCGGCAUGGGUGGAUGUAUCUGAAGAAAUAUCAGCAAAUGUGCAACGUGCACGAACAAAAAUGGCAGAGUUGGCCAAGGCUCAUGCGAAGGCUUUGAUGCCGUCAUUUGGAGAUGGUAAGGAAGACCAACGUGCUAUUGAGUCUCUAACGCACGAGAUAACUGACUUAAUAAAGAAGUCAGAGAAGAGACUGCGGAGGCUUUCUGCCACCGGGCCUACUGAGGAUUCCAAUGUCAGGAAAAAUGUGCAGCGUUCUCUUGCUACAGACCUUCAAAACCUCUCUGUCGAGCUCCGCAAGAAACAAUCCACUUAUUUGAAGCGCCUGAGGCAGCAAAAAGAGGGUCAAGAUGGGGUUGAUCUUGAGAUAAACUUAAAUGGAAAUAAGUCCAGAUAUGAAGAUGAUGACUUGGAUAAUAUGGUCUUUAAUGCGCAUCAGAUGGCCAAGCUGAAAAAGAGUGAAGCAUUCACAGUAGAAAGAGAAAAAGAGAUCCAGCAGGUUGUGGAAUCUGUGAACGAGCUUGCUCAGGUUAUGAAAGAUUUAUCAGUACUAGUCAUAGACCAGGGAACCAUUGUGGAUAGAAUAGACUACAACAUUCAGAAUGUUGCAACCACAGUUGAAGAUGGCCUUAAACAACUUCAGAAGGCAGAGAGAACUCAGAAAAAGGGGGGCAUGGUAACGUGCGCUACUGUGCUUCUUAUCAUGUGUUUCGUUAUGUUGGUUCUGUUAAUUAUUAAGGAAAUCAUUUUGUGAUCCAUGAUGAUAUUCAAUUUUUUUUAAUAUUUGGCCACUCACAUUGGUGUGACCUUUCAAUUGACACCAAUAUCCCUUGCCUGCUCGGACAUAGUAUGCAGCUUGUCUUAGAGAAGACCAAGGAGUUUUGGAGUAGACAAGCCAUAUCUUCUGCAUGAAGAGACCAUAUUAAUUCUCUCGCAAUUUUUUUUGUUUUGCCACUUGAGAGGUAGGGUGGAGUAGGUGUGUCAGAGGCAUAAGAGCUUUAGAGGUUGGUGUGGAAGUGUGGUACAGUAGGAAAGGAUACACAAGACCAGAAAAUGUAUAGAGCGGUUGCAUGAACCUCUGCUUAAACAUUAUUUGUCUCCAGAACCGGGUGCGUAGUUCAAUAGUUCCUUUUCAUUCAUUUUCCGUUUUUUUAAUUGAUGAAAGAAUUCUGCAUUCAUUGAUUUAUUACAAGAUGGAGCUGUCAUAUAGCUACUGUAUUAC